UAAACGGAAAUAUAAAUAUAUAAAAACUGUUUAGCACAGCUCAGCUAGUCGCUGAAUGUGCCAUCAUUACGUUGAUUUAUCUUAAAUGUGUAAUUACUUAUGCAAAAAUAGAUAUAACAACUGCCAACUGGAAACGAAUAGUGCUGGGAGCUAUUUUAUUGGUAUCUACAGUUCGAAAUGAUCAGGCAGUGCUGAAUGUGGAUUAUUGUCAAAUAUUGAAAGACAUCACGGUGGAAGACAUAAUGUCAUGCACUAUGGAGAAAUCUAAUCUCCCUAGUAAAAAUAAACAUUAUACGGCUUUAGAACGUAAAGUAUUUUUGCAAAUCCUCACUGAUUACAAACAUAUAAUUGAAAUUAAAAAAAGCGAUAGCACAACGCUAAAAGAUAAAGAUCUUGCGUGGAAUGAAAUAUGCAAUAAGUAUAACCAAUCCACUUUAAUUUCUCAAGAGAGGACUGUUACUCAGUUAAAAAAAUUGUGGACUAAUUUAAAACAGUCUCAGAGAGAAGCUUUAACACGGGAAAAGCAAUCAUACUUAGCAACUGGUGAAGGACCACCUGCAGUACAAAUAGAAAUUGAUCCCGAUAUUUCUAACAUUGCAUCUAAUCUUAUGAAGACGGCACCCGUUUCAUUUACGUCUAAUAUGUCUGAUGCAGAAAUCAAUGCUAAUCGAGACUUAAUGUUUGAAGUAAUAUCUACUGGUGAUCAAACUAUUGGAUUCCGAUAAUGAAAACACGCUCAAUAUAGAAAAAGGUUCCUUUAAUCCUACAAAGGAUGAUACAUUAUAUGGUGGAGAAAAACACACCGAUGUGCAAAAGGAACACUCAUCAAACAUAUUGGACGAUGAAAAAUUAAAACAGAUACGUACUUUGAAACGAAAAAGGGACGCAAUAGAUGAAACCAAAUUAUCAAAUACAGAAGAAAUGUUACGUAUGAAACGUAUCAAACGAGUAAUGGAACAAGAUCAAAAACUAGCACAUACUAAACAACAACACGAAACAAAUAUGAAUAAUAUGAAAGAAAAUCAUUUUAAAAAAAUUCAUAAUUUAGAACUGCAACACUUAAAACAGAUGCAAUCUUUGGAAAUAGAAAUAAAAAAAGCACAACUUAGAGCAAUUAAAUCCAAACAAAUUAAAGAAAAUAUUGAUACAGUUAGAAUUUGAAAUGUUAGAUACAUAUAUAAAAUAUGUAUCUUGUCCAUUUUGGUUUUUACAUGUUCCAUACCUAACUUUCUUAUAUAUUAUUAAAAUACACAUUUAAUAUGUUUUAAAAGGAGUUAUACA